AUGCCGGGAACAGACAGAUUCAAUGUUAAAUGUGAGCCGCCUUCAGACGAUGAGGAUGUUAGUUCACAAUACGUUACAACAUACUUACACACAGAGAGAUCGGAAUAUUAUCCAAUUAAAUUGGAAAACGUCCAUUGUGAAGAUCGGUCGUCGGAUCUAUUACAUCAAUUGCAGGGUUCGUUGGAGGAGUUGGCGCCGGCGCCGGCGGGUCCUGCCGCCACCCCGGUCAGCGCGGCCCUACCAGCACCCUCACGGACCUCGCUGGCCACGCUCGAACCCGCACAACACCAUGAGGGGUCCUCACUUAUAGACAGGCACAUACAAAUGAUGACAGCAAAUGAAGUUGCCGACUCAGCAGAAUUCGUGCCUCUCAUGGCUAUCAAAGACGAGCCCACUUCUGAAGCAGAACAGCAUCAUCUCAGUGGUGACGACACCAGUGAUUCAAGUGGCCCGGCGCCGGAGCCCGUCCGCGGCAGCCCAAAGACUUGGACCCAACAAGACAUGGACAAAGCAUUAGAGGCCCUCCGGAAACAUAACAUGAGCCUCACUAAGGCGUCCGCGACUUACGGGAUUCCGUCCACAACCUUAUGGCAACGAGCCCAUCGCCUCGGCAUCGACACUCCCAAGAAAGAAGGCAGUUCGAAGUCUUGGAGCGAAGAGGACCUACGGGGGGCCUUACACGCGUUACGCGCCGGCGCCAUCUCUGCUAAUAAGGCUAGCAAAGCAUACGGUAUUCCCAGCAGCACGUUGUAUAAGAUAGCUCGUCGCGAGGGUAUCCGUCUGGCCGCUCCAUUCAACGCGGCGCCCACCGCCUGGCGGAGGGACGACCUGGCGCGGGCCCUGGCUGCCAUCAGGGCCGGCGCCGCCUCCGUACAGCGAGCCGCCGCGACGUACGGCAUACCCACAGGUACUCUAUACGGAAGGUGUAAAAGAGAAGGCAUCGAGCUGUCUCGCUCUAACCCGACGCCGUGGUCGGAGGACGCCAUGGGCGAGGCGUUAGAAGCCGUGCGAGUGGGUCAGAUGUCCAUCAACCAGGCAGCCAUACAUUAUAACCUGCCGUACUCGUCCCUGUACGGUCGCUUCAAACGAUGCAAAUAUCAAACACUACAGAGCCAGCAGCCGCAGGAGCUACCGAAGUAUGAAGGAGAGUUCCAUCAACAGGGACUGUACUGUCAACACACGGACACACACACAGACGUACACAACACGCACACACACAUACACAACCUGAACGACAUAGACACAUACACACACAUGUACUACUCGCACUGUAAUGUUACCAGCUGA